CGAAUAACCACACCAUGGCUAAUUCCUGUGGUCAAACCCAACAAAGUGCAAGUUUCAUGACUGUGAGGUAUAAAGGUAUUGAUUACCUCUCUGAGGCCUCAGUCAAAUGCAGACUGAUGAUGGACAUGUUGGAACUUCCGGUUCCGUUCCAGCUAGUCAGUAGCAUCUACCCUCACAAUGGACACCUGUCAGACAUCGCUUACCGAGUGCCAUGGAAGAACAAAAUAUCCAUGGGUACGCUACAAGUGACUGGAUCUGUAAUGGAUUACUUGAAGGCCAACAUACGCUUCAGUGACUGUUUGGAAAGGUUCAAUGUGUUGCAGACAGGAAGAGGACUAGAGGAAGUGGUUCCCAGCUCUAAUCCUGCCUCUCAGUGCAGUCUUGGGACCUCAGAAGUCCUCUGGCUUUUAGAUGGAGUUGAGAGCAGUGCCAUCAGAUCACCUUGGGAAGAGACUUUCAGUCCAUGUACGCCAGAUGCACGUUGCUUUACCAGUGAUGAUCUCACUCUGCCAGAGGAGGUGAUAUUCGGGGAUCAUCUGCAGCGGUUCAAAAGCCACAUGCCUCCAUUUCAAACCAUGCUUCAGAAGCUGAAGAUCAUGGCUGUCUCGGAUCCUGUUCUCAAUUCAUCAGUAAAUCUUUUGAAAGAGGUUGUUUUUAGACACUGUGACUCAUACGAUGCAGUUUUAGAUGAAGUAACGGGCGCCACGUUUACCGGAGGAAAUGUUACAGAGGAGUUCAAAAAAGAGGCAGUACUGAACGAAGAGUCACUAAUGUUGCCUGAUGAAGUUUGUAUGGAUUCCUCCCGAAGACCAGAGCCCAUUUUUUCCAUUGCAAAUGUGCAAGAUUUUCUAAAUGUCACCCGAGAGCAAAUAGAGGAAUGUUUACCCGUAAAAGAUCUUCUUAAAGAAGCCACCUCUGCUAUUAAACGCACAACUGAGUUAGAAGUCCUGCAAAUGGCUGAAAGCAGCUUUGCUAACAUGACCUUUAAGGAGCCAAAAUCUCCAGGUGGUGUGUAUUGA